AUGAGUAUAGCUGCAUAUGCGUAUGGAGCUGACAGAGCUAAACGUUUAUAUUUUGGUCAAUACUCUCUCACACUUACUGACAAAUAUAUUGUUAUCACUGAUGGAAAUACUGAGAAAUACAUAACAUGGAAGGACUAUGAAAAGUUUGACCCUAUUUUAACUCCAUGUACUAUGCCGUUUAUAAAGGACGGUGAAAUUAUUGAAAAAGAUAAUACAACCGUAUAUAGGUCUGUUUAUGAAGCAUUAGAAUAUAUGUUGAAUCAUAACCCAAAAAGAUUUGACCCAAGCACUACACCAUGUGCAAUACCUUUUAUUAAGGACGGUGAAAUCGUAAGAGUUCCGGAUUCAACGGUUUACACAGCUGUUCAAAACAGUUUACAAAACAUUUUAGCGAAUAUCUUUAAUUCAGAAACUACAGAAAUAAAAUUACCAUAUAUAACAGAUGCUAAAGAAAUUAAAUCAAAAACGACAACAUUAUUUACGUCACUUAAUGAUUUAAUGACUUAUAUCAUUAAUAUUCCUGCACCAACUACAGCAUUUGAUCCAAACUCGACGGUUUGCAGUGUACCUUUCAUAAAUAUAGAUCUGCAAUUUUCCCAAAUGAACGGGGUGGAUAAGAUCCCAGCCCUAUCGUCAUCCCAGUGUCAAUUUUACAAAAAAAAUUCUUAA